CGAAAAAAGUUUCAACUUCAACUGUCAAAUAGGUAGUAAGUAAACGUAAACGUAAAUAAAAUCAACACUUGAAUUCAACCACAGAUAAUUGGGUUAUAUUAUCUGUGGUUCAACACAUUACACCACUUCAACAAACGUCCAAACUCCAACAUAAAAUGGCAAACCAUUUAAACAAGGUUAUGUCUUUGUUUGUUAUCAAUAAUGUAGUUAAUCAGAACUUUAUUGGAAAACUUGUUACGGCCUCUAUGUUACAUCAACCACGCUACAUGUCAAUCAAAGCUCAGAAGAUUGAAUUGAAAGAAUUUGGAGAUCCGAGCAAGGUCUUGAAUCUUGUUGAAUGUACUUACGAAGAACCGGCCAAAGAUCAGGUGACACUGAAGUUUCUCUUAGCUCCUGUAAAUCCUGCGGAUAUUAACACAGUUCAAGGUGUAUAUCCAAUCAAACCAAGUCUCCCAGGUGUUCCUGGCAGCGAGGGUAUUGCGGAGGUAAUUGCAGUCGGGCCUGAGGCCAAGAACAUCAAAUUGGGUGAUCGAGUCAUUCCUAACAAACAACCUUUUGGCACAUGGAGGACUCAUUCUGUUGUUAGUGAAACUGAUGUAUUCAAGGUACCAAAAGAUCUAGGCCUGGCUGAAGUCGCAGCUGUCACCUCAAACCCUGGCACUGCGUAUCGCAUGUUGAAAGACUUUGCAACUCUGAGGCCUGGUGACAUAGUGCUGCAGAACGGUGGUAACAGUGCGGUAGGACAGAACGUGAUACAACUUGCGCGGGCUUGGGGCCUCACUAGCAUAUCAGUAGUACGGGACCGGCCAGACAUUGCAGACUUGCGCUCGUACUUGCUGGAGCUUGGAGCUGAUCAUGUGCUUACUGAGGAGGAACUGGAGAAGCAGAGAGAUUUCUUCCCAAAAAACAACAUGAAAAAGCCUAAACUGGCGAUGAACUGUGUGGGAGGCAAGAAUGCUCUGACCCUCUUGCGUAAUCUGGAUAACAACGGAGUCAUGGUCACAUAUGGAGGAAUGUCCAGGGAACCAGUGAGUGUACCAACAUCAGCAUUCAUUUUCAAGAACAUCUCUCUUCACGGGUUCUGGAUGACCAACUGGCACAAAGAGCACAGAAACUCUGAAGAACAACGGAUAAUGUUUGAGGAUCUGUUCCAGUUGAUGAGAGACGGGAAGUUGAAAGCUCCAAGAUACAAAAUUCUGCCUCUGAGUCAGUACAAGGAUGCCAUAUCUAACACAAUGAACAUCAAAGGUUUUGCUGGUUUCAAAUACUUUCUUGACUUAACAAGUUGAUCAUAAAUGAAAAAGCGAAUGUAUCUGUGAUAACAGAAAUCUGUGGGUUAGUUUGUAAGAUAAGUCAGUAAUAUUAAACGUUUUCAACUUUU